UUUUUAAGGAGUAUAAAGAAAUCAGUGUUUUCGUCGUGAAAAUCAGUGAUCUAGAUUGAAACUGGGCGGAGAACUUACGUCGAAUGAUAUUAGGGUUUAAAAUUUGGAAAUUUCGGUUUUCGGCAGUUAACGGAGUGGAGGAUUUGUCGCAGGGAGAAGAUUGGGUUUCAAUAACCAGAAUGCAAAAGGGCAUCUGAACUAGGGUUCGGGUUUCCUUUCAUAGGAAGAUUGACUUUCUGGCGGGAUUAGAGAUGGAAUCCCCCUUUUCUUGUAGGGAGAAGGGAAAUGGAAACGGUUCUUGGGCAUCUCCAGCAGCUCAGAUGGAGGGUUUUGUGCCAUUGGAUGGCGGAGCAGGGAAUUUAACUUCUGAGGACCCGUUUAACUUAUCCGAGUUCAUGUACUUUGACAAUUAUGCUGAAUUUGGCCACCCUUUGGUCGCAGAACAGGUUCUCCCAUUGAUCCAAUCGAUGCCUGGUAGUCUUGCCUCUUUUCCCCCUACACCGAAUUUUGCAUCAGAAAAUGUGGACAGCUUUAACUUAAACAACAGCGGUUCUUUUAAUACAGUUGCAGUUCCUCCAAGUUGUGGAGACAAACCGGUAUUUCAACAUACUGGUAAUGCCCACUUCUGUUUUCCAUCUGAUUCUGCAGAUGUGGAUAAUUCGGAUAUCAACCAAAUCAGCUGUCCAAUACCUCCAGCCAAUGUUUUGGACAGGGAGAAGAGUUUUGUAUCCAGGUCAUUAGGGUGGUCACUCCCUGAGAGGAUGUUAAGGGCACUCUCUUUGUUCAAGGAAUCGGCUGGUGGUGGAAUUCUUGCACAGGUUUGGGUGCCCAUCAGACACGGAGAUGAGUAUAUUUUGAGCACUUGUGAGCAGCCCUAUCUGCUCGACCAUGUGCUAGCCGGGUACCGUGAAAUUUCCAGGGAAUUUACCUUUGCAGCUAAAGAAAUGGCUGGUUACUCCCCAGGGCUUCCCGGACGUGUAUUUAUCUCUAAGAUGCCAGAGUGGACUUCAAAUGUAGUAUAUUACAGAAAGACUGAGUACUUGAGGGUGAAUCACGCACUCAACCAUGAGGUCCGCGGAUCUCUGGCGGUACCAGUUUUUGAUCCUCGCGAUCGGUCAUGUUGUGCUGUGCUGGAACUUGUCACGACGAAGGAGAAACCCAACUUUGACCUGGAGAUGGAAAGCGUUUGCCGUGCAAUUCGGGCUGUGGAUUUAAGGACCACUGAACCUAAAGCUCAUCCACAGAAUUUUUCAAAGAGCCAGAGAACUGCCUUUGCUGAAAUAGUUGAUGUACUGAGAGCUGUAUGUCAUGCGCAUAAGUUGCCGUUAGCGCUGACAUGGAUUCCCUGUUAUCACCCUGAUGGAAUUAGUGGUGAAUGCAUUAGAGGUUCUAUGCGAGAUGAUGAUACAAGUCAGGGGCAAAAAGCUUUACUAUGUGUCCAGGAGUCAGCAUGCUACGUGAAUGAUAUGCUCAUGCAUGGCUUUGUGCAUGCAUGUAGUGAACAUCAUCUUGAGAAAGGACGGGGAAUUGCUGGAAAAGCACUUCAAUCAAAUCAUCCAUUUUUUGCCCCUGAUGUAAAAGUGUAUGACAUAAUAGAGUAUCCACUUGCACAUCAUGCACGUAAGUUUGGUCUGAACGCUGCUGUUGCUAUUCGGCUCAGGAGUACAUACACGGGCAAUGAUGACUAUAUUUUAGAGCUCUUUCUGCCUGUCAGUUGCAAAGGGAGUUCAGAGCAGCAACUCUUGUUAAACAACCUCUCAAGUACAAUGCAGAGAAUCUGUAGGAGCUUGAGAACAGUUUCAGAUGCAGAGUUAGGUGCACCUGAAGUCCCCAAAGUAUGCAUCCAUGAGGAACCAGGAUCAAGUUUUCCAUCAACGGACAUGUGUGGGAAAAGUUCUCAGCCGAUAUUAUCAGACAAUGAGCUAGAUUUGAGUGAAAAGGUGGCCUCACAGAGUCAAAAUCCUGGUAGUGGUGAAAGAGAAGCGGAUGGCCCUCAUGACCAGACAUCAGCUGGUUCAAGGAGACAGUUGGAGAAAAGGCGUAGUACAUCGGAGAAGAAUAUUAGCUUGAGUGUUCUUCAACAACACUUUUCAGGGAGUCUCAAGGAUGCUGCAAAAAGCAUUGGGGUUUGCCCAACUACAUUGAAACGGAUAUGCAGACAGCAUGGGAUUUUGAGAUGGCCGUCCCGCAAGAUAAAUAAGGUGAACCGUUCGUUGAGGAAGAUCCAGAGUGUGAUGGAAUCUGUGCAAGGGGUGGAUGGUGCAUUGAAGUAUGAUCCCAUUUCUGGGGGCCUUGUUGCUGCAGCCUCCAUAGUUCAAGAUCUUGAGGCACGCAGCGGUGCUCUCUCUCCUUGCAAAACCCCACCAUUGGGGAACCCUGAGUCAGCAAGCCAAGAUGUAGCGCCAGGAUCUUCUGUACCUUCUAUCGAAGGCAACCAGUUUCUAGUGAAGUUGGAAGGGGAUGACCCCUCUGUGGGCACACGCCGAGUGGGGGCCUUGGGAAACACGGUACUCUCUAAUUUGUAUAAGGGCGAAAAAGAAACAAGUUGUGUUCCUCCUCCAGUUUAUUGUUUAGAUGGAUCCAAAUUUGCUGCUCUAGAUAGUGGAUUGUCGCCGCUGGUUAAGCUCGAAGGCAUGCCUUGGGCACCUUCAAAAGAUGCUGCGUGUGUUUCCUCUCUUGCAAAAGAAAGACGCAAGAGAUGGGGUUCUAGCUUAGAGAGCUCUGACUGCCAUGUUACAUCAAGGUGCUCGAGCUCCAUGCCGGCUGCUGAUGAGGUGGACACUGGAAUUGAAAUCGAUGACGGUGUGGUAGAGCACGACCAGCCCACCUCGUCAGGCAUGACAGAUUCUUCCAAUGGCUCAGGCUCAGCAAUGCAAGGUAGUGCGUCAAGCUCCCCCGCUGUCCAUAGACAGAAAUUUUUGAAAAGUGAGGCAUGCAUGAGUGACAGUGGCUUGGUGAUUACUGUGAAGGCUACCUACAAAGAAGACAUGGUGAGAUUCAAGUUCUUGCCAUCCUUGGGUUGUCUUCAGUUGCUUGAGGAAGUUGGCAGGAGGUUCAAAUUACUGACUGGGACAUUCCAGCUCAAGUAUCUGGAUGAUGAGGAUGAGUGGGUGAUGUUAGCCAGUGACUCUGACUUGCAGGAGUGCGUUGAGAUUCUGGAGUCCGUUGGGUCCCGUAGUGUAAAGCUUCUGGUCCGUGAUCUGCCUUGCGCUGAGGCCAGCUCUGCUGGUAGCAAUUGUCCAUUGACAGGGUUAUAACUGCUUGCGAUGGGGCAGGACCUCUGCCGGUCCUGGCCCAUGAUAUGAAGAUCUUCCAGUCAGGUUUGUGAUUUGGACACUGUCAAUGAGUUUGGAGGUUCAAUUCCUUUCCGUGCACUGCAGUUUGAAUAUAAUCUGUUUGGUUAGAUUCCCAUGUAUUCUUACGGAGAGUGUCCCUGAAGAGAGGGGGGGGGGCGAGAUCCCCAUUCAUGUCAAUAUAUACACACGUAUUUAUGUAAGUACACAUAGGGAUGUUGAUGAAAGAGAUGUGUAUUAUGUAUCUGUUAGGUGGGGCCCGGACAUGCAAUUUGCAGUGUGCGGCCCUGUAUGUACAGAAGUAUGAAAUACUUAAUAAAGGUAUUGAUAGAGACUUUGUUA